AUGCAGCUCAAAGCACAACAGUCCAUUUGGUCCUCACAUUGUGGUAUUGUAUCCCUUAAUCCACAGAUCCACAUCACUAGCCUCUAUGUCUCCUCGGAUGAUCGUGUCAUCUUAUGUAAAGUAUCUCACCCCAACAAUGUAUUUCCGUCCUUCACCAUUAUGAACAUUUAUGCUCCUGCUACCUACCAUCAACGCUAUGCCUUCUAUGCUAAUUUACUAUGCUCGGAUUACUUUCAAGCCCUACUAACAAACAUGACUACUGACAAUCCUUUAACCUCAGCACACCCAGACAUCAUCGUGGGCGAUUUCAACUACAAUUUCACCCAAUUCCCAUCACAUACUAUUCCGGAUUACUCACCAUCAUCCCUCGAAUUUUUAUCCUCUGCUUAUGCUUCACAAGAUCCAACAGAAGCGUCUCCUGAUCCAGACUCUCAGUUCGUAAUGCCGCAACUAGAUCAACACCCCACACCACUCGUUCGCAGCCAAUGGAUUUGGCACGGAGUACUGCUACACCACUACCGUGAAGUCUCUCGCAAGCUCCAAACAGAUCCCCCUAUCCCCACAUUCCGCCGCGAGUCCACCUCCACAACAAUUGACUAUAUGUUCAUCUCGCCCGACCUUGCUCCGCUUGUCAGACACUCGGAUAUUCAAUUCAUUUCUCGUACCUGGACAGAUCACGCUCUGUUGCGGAUUGAUCUCCAAUUUACAUCCAAUACACAUGGCACAGGUAUCUGGAAAGCCAACCCAAAUCUUGCUCAAAAUGACUACUUCGUCACUCAAUUACACCCAGCAUUAAAUGAAUUACAUGCCAAUUUAGCAUCAUAUACAGAACCUCCUUCAGUUCAAAUAUCAUGGGAUGAUAUCAAGCGCCUCGCAAUCAGCCUCCCCAAGAAGAUCAGCCGACACAGAGCUUGCUGGCGUACACGACAUUUGAAGCAAUUUCAAAGGAAAAGGAACAAACUCAUUAAAUCCUAUCGAGGCCAAAAGGCCAUAGCCACCCAGAUCCUGAAGGUUGAACGUCUCAUCAACAACUUGCAAGAGGAACUCGUCGAAGUUGCAGCCCUACGCUCUGGCCUGCGCUGGAGGGAGCAGGGUGAAAAAUCAGCGGGACUUAUGAAGCGACUCACCACACAGCGUACCAAUCGCAGAUCCAUUGACGCACUAUAG